AAAUAAUGUUUGUUUACCCUUUUAUUUCUGCAUCUGCAUCUUUCUGUUUGUGUAUCCAGCCCCUCCUGUAGUAUCUGUGUCUGAUGUAAAGGAGUCCAGUGGUGGACUUCCCAUGUUGCUGUGCUCCUCUCAGGGUUUUUACCCAGAGACCAUAGAGCAGGUGUGGUUUAAAGAUGGUCAGCUCCUCAACACCACACUUUCAGACACGCAGAAGGAGGUCAACCCAGAUGGUUCCUUCACACUCCACUCCUACCUGCCUCUGUCCUCAGGACCCAGCCAGACUGGCCUCUACCUCUGCUUGGUCAACCACUCUGCUCUCAGCCAGCCUAUCACUGUCAAUCACACAGUCAUGUCCAAUGGUUUCCCAGUGAGUUGGCUAUUGAUUGUGGUCAGCAUUGGAGCGGUCUUGAUUGUAGUAAUCCUUAUCAUCAUAUUCAUCAAGUGUACAUAUUUCAAGAGAGUCACACACCUUUCUCCUCUUGGAACGUCCCAAGAACCUGGCCACACUGUCUCCUCUGUGACUGAGAACAUGGUCUACUCAACACUGGGAGACCAUCAUCCAAUUCCUCUCUCCACUGCUAUACCAACACAGACAAGGGCAUUAGACAGUACCACCCGACGUACCAAAUCCUAGGAUGGGAUCCUAGCUACAGAUGAAUUGUGUAGGACUUUCUCAGAACCACCAUGUUUGGGACACUUGACUGGGGAAUAAAAAAAAAUCGAAUUUG